AUGGAUCGCUGGGCGGCCGCGGAGGUCGCGUUGAUGGAGGCCAUUGGCAAUCGCCGUGGGGAGGCCUUUUAUUUGGCGAACCCUCCAUCUUCCUCGAACGGGCUUCUAACCAAAUACUCCUCCAACGAGGAGGUGAAACGAUUUAUCGAGCGAAAGUAUGUGAGCAAGGAGUUCGCGGUGAACAACGUGGAGGAGUUGCUGCGAAAGAUUCACAAGCAAGUUGGCUACCAAAAGCUAAAACAGCAUGAGUCUGGUUUAACAACGGGUGAUACCCGAAGCGUCACGGCCUCCGAUAAGGCAGGGGUGGCGACUAAGAAGGUAGACCCCGAACAAGUUGUGCGCGCGCUCUACGGCGAUGCGACCACCUCCGAGCUCACCUCAAAGAUGAAAACGAUCGUCCAAAAGAAUGAGCGUAAAAGCCAAACAAUUCAUGGAACUUUUGGUGUGGUAAAUGUGAACCCGGAGGAGUAUUUGGAUCGGUUUACCAUGGUGUUGCGAGCCUUUGAAAUUGAUCGCGAGGUCGUCGAAUCCGCCCUUGACGACGAGGGAAAUGAAGAAGAGAAAACAAAGCUCCUGGGUUGA